AAUAUUAUUACAAAUUGACAGUUGUUCCAUUAUUUUCAAUGAUUACUACUAUAGAACCAAUCUGUUGUUUGUUUUUCUCUUUAAGAUGCUUUUUGUAGGGUUCGGUCUGAAGUUAGCGGCAUUCAUGCCUGAUGAAUUUUGCGCGCUCAAAAUUUGACCAUUCCAUUCAUUUGGCGGGAUCGUGUAAGGGUGUUAGGGUAUUUUUAGUUGGUUAGUGGUGGGACUACGUGGCCAAAUUCGAGGUGCAGGUAGUUUUCGUGUAGACAAAGGUCCGAAAAAUUGUUUGGAAACUAAAAAUUAUAUUUUACAUUGUAUUUUAAUUAUUAAAACUCUCAGUGAAGUCUUCCUAACCAAAAACCGUGUGAUAGCAGAUUGGAGCUUUUUUUGCGGAAGACCUGAGGCGGCCACUGUGGAUGUACAUCUGACCUCUUCAUAAUAAGGACCAAUUCAUAUUCAAUGAAAAUGAGUGAGAGGACAAGUUGCCCUUCAGACUCAGAAAAUACUGAGUUGCUGAACCGUCUAGAAGAAGAGAGCUAUGCUGAAACGAACAAACUACCCUUCCAAGAACUGUUAAAGAUGCAUCACAAGCAAACUGUCUGGGGCUUUAAAUAUGGACAAAAUAUAAGAGCGAGUGCUUUGGCGAGGGACAAGAACAUUCAGAGUUCAUCUAGCACCAAGAAAGACACGAGUUCUGAUGGUCAAAUCGACGUCGAGAAAUCAGACAGCGAGGGAUUAGAACAAGGCCCUUCAACGUCUAAAAUUUGUACCACAGAGAAAGAACACAAAACUCCACACUCGAGACGAGAGGCUCGUUCGGCCUCGAGCAGAACCAGCAAGAGGAAGAGCAGUACAAGGCAGAGCGAUUUUGCUUCCCCGCAGAAGACACGCAGGGCGCCUUUACCACUGAUGAACUGGGCGGACAGCAAAGAAGUCUGGAUGUACAUGGUAUACAAGGAAGAGGCCUCCCUAAACCUACGCAACCCCCGUCUGUUUGAAGAUUUUACGAAUUUCAUGCCUCGCAUGAGGGCGAUUUUGUUAGACUGGGUGAUGGAGGUGUGCGAGGUAUACCACCUGCGAAGGGUCACCUACUACCUGACGGUAGAUUACUUCGACAGAUUUCUAUCAAUCAGGCCGGACGUGCCCAAAAAUCAGCUCCAACUAGUGGGCGUCACCUGCCUAUUUUUGGCCUCCAAAUUGGAGGAAAUCUACCCGCCCAGACUUACGGAAUUCUCCUUUGUUUGCGACGGCGCCUGCACCCCGGAAGAUAUCCUGGCGUGCGAGCUAUUAAUCCUAAAUAGUUUGGGGUGGGACUUGAACGUGAUGACGCCCAGCGACUGGCUAAACUUGUAUAUGCAAAUCCAUUUUCAAGCGCCGAAAGUCGUACGUCAGAAACUGCACCAGGACAGUACCCGGAAUUUUAUAUUCCCUCAGUACUCAGGCUACCAGUUCAGCAGAGCCUCCCAGUUGAUAGACGUGUUCAGCCUCGAUCCCGGCUUCCUGAAAUUCUCGUAUAGUACGAUAGCGGCCGCCGCCAUGUACUUCAUGUAUGGCAAGAAAUCGGCCCUCAACGUGUCGGGAUUGACGUGGGAACAGUUGCAGCCCUGCGCCGAGUACAUGGCCGCGUUUUAUUUGGUGCUGAGGGACACCACGGAUCCGCGUUUGGUCAGUUGUAAAGUGGACUCGGUGCCCGAGGAUCAGGGGGUCAAACAUUUGGCCAGCGUCAGGCUCAAAGUGCCCCAGCUCGUAAAAGACGAGAACCACAGCCUGCAAACGCACGUCGUCAAUCUGGAGUACUUCGAGAAGUCAGCGAUUAUAAGGUUGGAGCAGAUGGGAUUGAAAGUCGAACGCACAUUCGUACCGAAAAAACAAAAAACUCCGGUUCCGAGCCCGGAGCGAGACGAGGUUAAGGAAAACCGACAUCAGGACGACGAGCAAGAGGUAGAAACGGUGUGCAUGUACGACAUAGAAAAACUCACGUGCGACGCUGUCGCGCUCGACGAUUCCGACCUCAGCAUUUCGGCCGUCUCGUCGCCUGACGCGGACCUCAUCUUGCAACAGACCAAGGGCGUUUUGAGUUUCGACGAGAUCCUCGAGGGUCUAGUCAAGUGCAACCAGAGAAAUAUACCCGUACAAUUACAAACGUCCAAAGAUCUACUCGAAGACGCAAUAAAUAAAUUAGAAUGAUUGUCCGGUCUGCGGAUAGGCGUCGCUAGUGACUACCCACCGGUCGGUGUUUAGUUCUUGUAAGUCCCGUAGGUGGCGCGUUGUAUAUUUUUGUAAAAAUUGUGAUUUAUUAGGUAAUUUGGUGGUGUAAGUGAAAUAGAAAACGGGCUCCCGGGAAAAUGCCCAUUUUCCCGGUCCGUAUUCGAAUCGAUCUUCUUUUUAUAAUUUUUCAAACCGAUUUUUUUACUUAAGACUGGAUUAGGUAAUUCUAUAUUAACAUAAUUUUAUUUAUUUACAGAUUCAAGUAAUUAUUUGUGUUAAUAUAUUUUUUCCGGUUUUUUUAAACCUAAACGUAAUUUUUAACUCGUGAUCUCAGAACUUUGCAAAAAUGAUUUUUGCACUUUUUUUCUUAAAAAAAUGCCCUGUAGUUUCUCACGAAAUUGUACUGUAAGUUAAUUGUAGAGUGCCAGCAAUGAAAUUUGUUCUAACCAGUGACGUCAUCGAUCACAAUUUCACCUGCUUUAAGAAUCAAUAUGGCGACUUUUUAGAAAUUCUAAUUAGCUUCGGCCAUUUAAAAGAAAUUCGGAGCGUCAAAAAAAUGCUAAUAGUUGCCUUCGCCAUGUGUGGGAAAAUGAAACUGAAUAAGAGUUGCUAGUUUUUCUUCCUAAAUAAAAUUCGGAAGUUUCCGUGAUCUCAGAAUUUUGCAAAAAUGAUUUUUGCACCUUUUUCCUAAAAAUGCCCUGUAAUUUCUCACGAAAUUGUACUGUAAAUUAAUUGUAGAGUGACAGUAAUGAAAUUUAUAUUUUCGAUGUUUUUUUUCCUUGUUUAAUCAGUGACGUCAUCGAUCACAAUUAACUUCGGCCAUUUUAAAGAAAGUCGGAGCGUUAAAAAGAUGCUAAUAGUUGCCUUCGCCAUGUGUUGGGAAAAUGAAGCUGAGUACGAGUUGCUAGUUUUUCUUCCUAAAUAAAAUACGGAAGUUUCCGAUGCGAAUUUUUUAUUCAGAUUUUUCAUGUUGUACAUAACAUAACAGAACAUUUCAAAGGUUUUAAGGCACGCGUGUUUUACAUGUUACAAUACUAUCUCGAGUCUUUUUUGGAGCUUCAUUAUACAAAUAUUACAAAAAACAUAUGAAAACCAUUUUUGUUUUACAGUUUUUACACGUAUGAUCCUAAUUAGUAGUAGCAGCAGUGUAGACUUUAAUAUAUAUUUUUUAAAUGCACGAUUUUUGCGGGUCGUUCGGAACGCCAUGGGCGGGCUUACGCGUUUGGCACUCCUGGGGGGGGGGGGGGGUUAUUUAUUAAAAUUUUGCGCGUUCCAAACUACUUUACUGUAACACAUAAAACCUAAAGGUGCUGAUACGCGACCCGGACAACUAAAAAAAAAACAA